AUGCUGUGGAAUCUGCUAGCUGUUCGUCAGAUUUCCCAGAGGACCAUUAGUACUGCUUCACGCAGGCAGUUUGAAAAUAAAGUUUGAGAGAAACAAAAGCUAUUUCAGGAGGACAAUGGAAUUCCAGUGCAUCUAAAAGGUGGGGUAGCUGAUGCCCUCCUGUAUAGAGCUACCAUGAUUCUUGAAGUUGGUGGAACAAUUGAUGCCAUAUAUCAGCUGGCUAUGGCUUCAUUUCCCAAGAAGCAGGGUUGACGUCAGUUAUCCUCCCAGCAAUCAGCUGGUUCAAUUUCAUUCAGCGCUCUAUGGACCAGUAAGCUGACAG